AUGGUUGAAUCAAUUGUUACAGAUGUAACUCAUAAGAAUUUAGAACAGGAGCUUAUAGGCCAAAAUAAACCAAUUGACAUUUUGUUUGAUCCAAAUACAAACCCUGGAAACAAUGAAAAUGAUAAUAAACCUGAUGUUUUGCUAGAAGAUAUAGAAGGGUUAGAUAACAAUGAUGAAAUGAACAACGGUGCUAAUGACUCAAAAAUUCAAAAAAAAGAGCAAAUUUUAGAUGAUAAGGUAAAAAAUGACGAUAAUUCAAAUAGUAUUGACAAUCGUACUGAUGAUAAGGGCAAUGAGGAUGAUGACGAAGAAUCUGAAAAUGAUGACGAAGAAUCUGAAAAUGAUGACGAAGAAUCUGAAAAUGAUGAUGAAGAAUCUGAAAAUGAUGACGAACCAAAUGAAUACGAUGACGACGAUGAUGAAUAUAAUAAAGCCGAUGUUGAUCCUAUAAGAUCAGAACACGAAACAUUAAAAGAACCUGUUUUAGAAGUUCCAAAAGAUUUUGAACUGUCUGAUACAACUCCAACCCAAAUCAUUGGUCACAUACAGUCGGUUUUUGAAUCCAAUAUGAUCAUAAAAUCAGAUUUAUCUGCUGAGAAACGUGUUUUAAAAGAAGGUGCCAUUAUAUGUUUACAAAAUAAAACUAUUGUUGGUCGGAUUUGUGAAAUAUUUGGUCCAUUGGUUUGUCCCUUCUAUAGAAUAUCAUUUAAAGAUAAAAAUGCUGCAGAAAAGUUUGUUCAAAAUAUUGGGGAAAAAGUAUAUCUUGUUAUUCCAAGUGCCCAUUGGACUGAUACUUUUGAAUUGAAAAGAUUCAAAGGUUCAGAUGCGUCAAACGUUUAUGAUGAGGAAGUCAAAGAGGAGGAACAGGAAUUUUCUGAUGAUGAAAAGGAAGAAUCAUAUAAAAGGCAACAAAAAAGAUUGAAGAAGCAAAAAAAACCGAAUAAUAAUGAGAAUAAUACAAAUGUUUCUGAAAAUGUGAAUAAAAAGAGAAAAAGAAAUAAUAAUACUUAUAAUAACAACAAUAGAAACAAUAAGUAUAUCAAUACUAAGAACAUGCCAGGGUCAAAGUAUAACAAUUUCAAAUUUCCUCAAAUGAGACUUCCCAAUUUGAUGAAACCGGAACCUUUGAGCUAUAUGCCUCGUGAAAAACGUGUGCCAGAAAAUAGUUCAAAUAGUGCUAGCAUCCAUAAUUCUACGGACUAUUCUCAACAAAACCAAGUGAAUAAUACGUACUUAUCAAAUUACAAUGACAAUGUGCAACGCAAUCUUCAAACAGAAUACCAGAACAAUUGCACAGGCUCAUAUGCUAAUCCUGGGUUGAAUAAUAGUGCUAAUCCUAUUUAUUACCAAGCAAAUAAUCCUUCUCAUUUUAUACCCCAACCACAAUUUUAUCCAAACACACAAGUAAAAAUAUCAACUAAUAAUAAUAAUAAUAAUAAUACUUACCAACCAUAUCAACAAGUACCUAACGCUUAUACAAACACAUACCAGCAACAACAACAGUACCAAAAUCAAUCGAUACAAUUUUACCAACAAUAUCAAAACCAACCAAUGCAAUCUUAUCAGCAACAACCACAACCACAAAUAAAUUCCCAAAUACAGAAAGUAUUAACUUUACUUCAACAGCAAUAUAAUCAAACAAGCCCUUCUCUUUUGAACAAUACUAAUAAUAAUGUACACAGAACUGAUGAUAAUGAUGUCGAUAAAAAUUUUAAACCUGAUUAUUGA